AGCCAAGCGUCAGGCUGGUGCCAGGGCUCAGCAACAGGGAGGCGCCGGCCGAGGCGGGGAGAACUUUGCGCUCCGAGCAGAGCCACCCUUUGCUGGCCAGUCGCGUCGCUCCUCGCUCCUCGGAGGAAGCCAGCGGCGGGCAGCGCCUGGGCGGAAAGAGGACGAAAGAAGAAAGAGAGGAAGUAGCGAGGGAAGUAGGAACAUGAAGCCAGUGCCGGGGAAGCCCGCCAGGGGAUGGCCCGCGGAGGAGCGCGGCGGGUUUGGCUGCUUCUCCGCAUCCCGGCGGCCGUGAGCACCUGCUCCUCCCGCACGACCCCAAAGACAUAAGUGCGUCUUGCUCGCUCGCCUCGGUGGAGAAGGAAGAGAAAAGAAUCCAAGGGAGCUCAUCACCCUCCUCGGUCUCCGCUGCCCCCCUAGGACUCCGGGGGGCCGGACUCAGAGCCGCCCUGCAUGCAGAUGGGGCGGGCGAGGAUCGGGCGCCCCAGCCGCGGGUGAGCGGUACCGGCCCGCCUGGCUCCGCGCAGGGACUGGGCGGGCAGAGGAUGCGAGGCGCUCGGACCCAGGAGCGGGAUCUGAGAGCGGCGAGGGCGCGCUAGGCUGCCCCUCGGAUGGCCCGGGGACCAGAGCUCCUGCUCCCGGGACGGCUUCUCCGCAUCCAGUGAGCCAGCCGUGCGCGCGGGACCUGGGGGCGGAGACCUCAGGCGGCGGCGGCUGCAAAGGGGGGCCGGCCGGACGCAGGAGGGGGCGCGCUUUCUGCCCGCGGGUCUCAGUAAUGAGGAGACUGAGUUUGUGGUGGCUGCUGAGCAGGGUCUGUCUGCUGCUGCCGCCGCCCUGCGCGCUGGUGCUGGCCGGGGUGCCCGGCUCCUCCUCGCACCCGCAGCCCUGCCAGAUCCUCAAGCGCAUCGGCCACGCGGUGAGGGUGGGCGCGGUGCACCUGCAGCCCUGGACCACGGCCCCCCGCGCUCCGGACGGCAGCCGGGCGGGCGCCCAGCGCGAUGAGCCCGAGCCCGAGCCCGCGACGUGGCGGCCCCCGGCGGCGCCCUCGCCCGGGGCGCGCUGGCUGGGGGGCGCCUUGCACGGCCGGGGGCCGCCGGGCGUCCGGAAGCCCGGGGAGGGCGCAGGAGGGGCCAAGACCCUAUGGCCUCGGGACGCCCUUCUCUUCGCCGUGGACAACCUGAACCGCGUGGAAGGGCUGCUGCCCUACAACCUGUCUCUGGAAGUGGUGAUGGCCAUCGAGGCGGGCCUGGGCGACCUGCCGCUCCUGCCUUUCUCCUCCCCGAGCUCGCCCUGGAGCAGUGACCCUUUCUCCUUCCUGCAGAGCGUGUGCCACACCGUGGUGGUGCAGGGGGUGUCGGCGCUGCUGGCCUUUCCCCAGAGCCAGGGCGAGAUGAUGGAGCUGGAUCUGGUCAGCUCCGUCCUGCACAUCCCGGUGAUCAGCAUCGUGCGCCAGGAGUUUCCGCGGGAGAGUCAGAAUCCCCUUCACCUACAGCUGAGUUUAGAAAAUUCAUUAAGUUCUGAUGCUGAUGUCACUGUCUCAAUCCUGACCAUGAACAACUGGUACAAUUUUAGCUUGUUGCUGUGCCAGGAAGACUGGAACAUCACCGACUUCCUCCUCCUCACCCAGGAUAACGCCAAGUUCCACCUCGGGUCUAUCAUCAACAUCACCGCCAACCUCUCCGCCACCGAGGACCUCCUCAGCUUCCUGCAGGCCCAGCUGGAGAGCAUCCAGAACAGCACGCCCACCCUGGUGAUGUUCGGCUGCCACAUGGACAGCAUCCGGCGGAUUUUCGAGAUCACCACCCAGUUUUGGGUAAUGCCCUCUGAGCUUCGCUGGGUGCUGGGGGACUCACAGAACGUCGAGGAACUGAGGACAGAAGGUCUUCCCUUAGGGCUCAUCGCUCAUGGGAAAAAAACGCAGUCGGUCUUUGAGUACUAUGUGCAAGAUGCCAUGGAAUUGGUUGCAAGAGCCGUAGCCUCCGCCACCAUGAUCCAGCCAGAACUUGCUCUCAUUCCCAGCACGAUGAACUGCAUGGAUGUGGAAACCGCAAACCUCACUUCAGGACAAUAUCUGUCAAGGUUUCUAGCCAACACCACUUUCAGAGGCCUCAGUGGUUCCAUCAAAGUAAAAGGUUCCUCUAUCAUCAGCUCAGAAAACAACUUUUUCAUCUGGAAUCUGCAACAUGACCCUCUGGGAAAGCCAAUGUGGACCCGCUUGGGCAGCUGGCAAGGGGGAAAGGUUGUCAUGGACUAUGGAAUUUGGCCAGAGCAGGCCCAGAGGCAUAAAACCCACUUCCAAAACCCAAGUAAGCUACACCUGAGAGUGGUUACCCUGGUUGAGCAUCCAUUUGUCUUCACUCGGGAGGUAGACGAUGAAGGCUUGUGCCCUGCUGGCCAACUCUGCCUUGACCCCAUGACUAAUGACUCUUCCAUAUUGGACAGCCUUUUUAGUAGCCUCCAUAGCGGUAAUGAUACAGUGUCCAUCAAACUCAAGAAGUGCUGCUAUGGAUAUUGCAUUGAUCUGCUGGAAAAGCUAGCAGAAGACAUGAACUUUGACUUUGACCUCUAUAUCGUUGGAGAUGGAAAAUAUGGAGCCUGGAAAAAUGGGCACUGGACUGGACUAGUGGGUGAUCUCCUGAGUGGUUCAGCCCACAUGGCAGUCACUUCCUUCAGCAUCAAUACUGCACGAAGUCAGGUGAUAGACUUCACCAGUCCUUUUUUCUCCACCAGCUUGGGCAUCUUAGUGAGGACCCGAGACACAGCAGCUCCCAUUGGAGCCUUCAUGUGGCCACUCCACUGGACAUUGUGGCUAGGGAUUUUUGUGGCUCUGCACAUCACUGCCAUAUUCCUCACUCUAUAUGAAUGGAAGAGCCCCUUUGGUAUGACUCCCAAGGGGCGGAAUAGAAGUAAAGUCUUCUCUUUCUCUUCAGCCUUGAAUGUCUGCUAUGCUCUCUUGUUUGGUAGAACAGCAGCCAUCAAACCCCCAAAAUGCUGGACUGGAAGGUUUCUAAUGAACCUUUGGGCCAUUUUCUGUAUGUUUUGCCUUUCUACAUACACGGCAAACUUGGCUGCUGUCAUGGUCGGUGAGAAGAUCUAUGAAGAGCUUUCUGGAAUACAUGACCCUAAGCUCCAUCAUCCAUCCCAGGGCUUCCGCUUUGGAACUGUCCGGGAAAGCAGUGCUGAAGAUUAUGUGAGGCAAAGCUUCCCCGAAAUGCAUGAGUACAUGAGAAGGUACAAUGUACCAGCCACCCCCGAUGGCGUGGAGUAUCUGAAGAAUGAUCCCGAGAAACUAGACGCCUUCAUCAUGGACAAAGCCCUCCUGGACUAUGAAGUGUCAAUAGAUGCUGACUGCAAGCUUCUUACUGUGGGGAAACCAUUUGCCAUAGAAGGAUACGGCAUCGGGCUGCCCCCCAACUCUCCGCUGACUUCCAAUAUAUCUGAGCUGAUCAGUCAAUACAAGUCCCACGGGUUUAUGGAUGUGCUGCACGACAAGUGGUACAAGGUGGUUCCCUGUGGCAAGAGGAGUUUUGCUGUCACUGAGACGCUGCAGAUGGGCAUCCAGCACUUCUCCGGGCUCUUCGUGCUGCUCUGUGCCGGGCUGGGUCUGUCCAUCCUGACAGCCAUCGGCGAGCACAUCGUGUACCGGCUGCUGCUGCCACGAAUCAAGAACAAGUCGAGGCUGCAAUACUGGCUCCACACCAGUCAGAGAUUGCACAGAGCGCUAAACACGUCAUUUGUAGAGGAAAAGCAGCCGCGUUUCAAGACUAAACGUGUGGAUAAGAGGUCCAACGUGGGACCCCGUCAGCUCUCCGUGUGGAAUACUGCCCAUCAGAGUCACGACAUCCCACGAAAAUACAUCUUCAGUGAGGAGGGAGGACAGAACCCGCCGGGCCUGGGGCCCCCCCAGGACAUCCCCCUCCCUCCACGGAGGAGAGAGCUCCCCGCCUCGCUGACCACCAACGGGAAGGCAGACUCGCUGCAGGGAGCGCGGACCUCGGUGAUGCAGGAGCUGGUGGAGCUGGAGAAGCAGAUCCAGGUGAUCCGGCAGGAGCUGCAGCUGGCCGUGAACAGGAAGGCGGAGCUGGAGGAGUACCAGAGGGCGCGCCGGACUCGGGAGUUCUAGGCGGCCACGCUGCGCCCCCUCGGCCCCUGGCCUUCCUCGGAGCCCUGGGGACACCCGGGGAUGCUCCUUUGUAACCACUGAUGAAGGUAUGGGGGACUGAGGUCUGGGUCUUAGAGGUCAAGUCCGGCCUGUCCGGCAGCAGCUCUUCCCACGCUCACCCUCUAGGUGUCCAGGGUAGCAGCCUUCCAGGGCAGGAAUCUAACUAGUCAGGAGCGAGCUCUGGGCAAGGGAUCUGCGAAUAACAGACAAUCCCAGCUCCGCUAGCCCCCGACCUGGUGCCACAGGGCUACUGGUUUUCAGCUCUUUUCUCUGCACUGACAAGGGAUGCAAAUUCGUUACUCAUUCCCUUGUCUUACUGGGUGGCUGGUUUUAUUCUCAGUAUAGAGCAGGGUUGGCAGGGUUGUGGUUUUUGAUACAACUCCCCGAUCUAGAUUUGUUCCUGCUUUCUGAGUGGGGGACAGGGUCAGGGCUAGAGAAGCUAAGGGCAGCGAAGUGGGCGUUUCCAGACAUUGGCUUGAGCUCAUCCGUAUUGCAGCUGGCCCCGGCUUGAUUGGAUCCCGUAGAGCCUCGUUUCUCUGAAGGUCCGAGCUCUCUGGCACCAUCCUGACAUUUAGUAAGGAAUAUGUCUACAUGCCAUUACGAAUGGGGACAGGGAUGAGGUGAGCAGGGACAGAGGACAGGCCAACGAGGCGUUGAAAACAGGCGCCGUGCUUCUAGAACAAAAGCUCUGGGCCAGAAAGGCGAUUUGGCUGAGAAAUGAACAGGGCUGUCCUUCUAGCCCAGCUCCGCAUCUCCACAGCAGUGCGUGCCUUCUGUAGAGGAGAGAGGAAAACAGAGCAAGGAUGUGGCCUUUGGAUGCAGCCAGGGGGUUAGUGAAAGUGUUCCACAGACCAUAUAUGAGGCCGUUCAGAUCAGCAGUCACUUGGCCCUUAGAUCUUCAAACCCCACGUGUGAGCCUCAGGCUUAUGAACAUCACAGGCUACACCAUCCAGAAAUGAGCCCUGUGCUUUUCAUUAUCCGUGUUGAUAAAAAGCAAGUGAGUCUCCCAGCCUCACUCCCGCUUUUCUUUGAGGAGCUGUGAAUAGGUUUGGUCCCUCCAGUUCUCUCCCAGUCCUCAUCUAAUGCUCUUAAAAGAUUGCUGUCAAAAAAAAAAAAAAAAAAAUUGCUCUCAGUAGCCUGGCAUCCCUUUCCCAGUGUGCAACUGCAUGGACAUGCAGGGAGGUGAAGACAUGUGGGAACUAGAGAAUGUAAUGCCCCAUGUGAGUGUAGACAGGAAUCAGGAACUCGUUAGAAUGCUGGACCCUUCCCCAGAGGAUGGGUGGGGACAGGGGAGAGAAUGGAGGGGAGCUCAGAAACCUGCUAACCCGCACCCCCAGGUGACUGACAUGGGUGGUCCGAAAGUUAGAAACACUAAAAGUGUGGCAGUCCUAGGCAAUGGGGGGAGUGAGAAGAGCCUUUCUGAGAGGAUGUAUUGUUUUAAAAUCUCUAUUGUUGAGUUUUACAUCUGUCCCCUUUUCUUUCCCAUUGACCCCUUAUAGCCUGCCCCUGUGGGCGCCCCCCCCCCCCCCACUGCCUCAGGCCUCCACCCACCUAUUGGCUGUGUCCUUGGGUUAUGUAAAUGUGCAUACAAAUUCUUUGUUUGAUCUCUUCUCCCCCACCCACCCUCCCUCACCUUCCCUCUGAGAUUUGACAGUCUGUGUGUGUGUUUUAUGAAAACUUCAGCACACACCUGACUCACCCUCCGUUCAGGCCCUCCCACCUGCCAGGUACCAUUUAGGACUAGGCUUCCUUGUGUUUCAAUGAUUUAUCUUCUCAGUGCUCUUUGUUGCACGCUGAUCUAUUUGAAGGCCAGUGAGUUUGCAGCUCUGAGUCAAGCCCUGGUGCCCUGUAACAGCUGCCCCUCAUAGGGAAGGCAUAGCCUACUUUUUGAAUGGAAUCCCUGCAUUGCCACUAAGAGCUACCCAGUCUCCCAGGGAAAGACAGCAUCCUAAGCUGUAAUUAGAUCACACUUCAGUUAAUUGUCUGAGAAAACCCAGGGGUGGAUGUAGGCAGAGAUGCUAAUGAAGGAGAUGGGAGGAUUCUUGUUAGACUCCAUCCAUCUCACAGAUCGAACAGUUUAGCGGGGAGGGGGGGAGCAGGUGAGCCGUGGAAGCAGGACAGCUCUGCUUUGAAACUCCCUAUCUCCACGCCCCCCCCCCCCCCCCCCCCAAUUCUCAUCCCAGGCCCAGAAGUAGGUUUGCAGCUGCCUUUGAAAGAUUAUGCCCCUUAGCCCUGCCCGCCCACCCGCACCAGCUGGGACACUGUAGACGCAGCUCUGUGCAGCCUGACCUCUGAGUAGCCCGGAUGUACAGGUGUACCUCAACUCACGUAACAGCCAUGCUCCUAAUGUUGUAUGGACAUUUUUAUAAUUCAGCUCAUCUCCUGACUGUACUUGAGAAGCUGGCUACUUAAAGGAACCCAGAGGUGAAUUCUUUUGUAAAGAAUCCUUUUGUAAUGCAACUAAUUGUCCCUUACUGUAUCUGUUUUGUAAGUUUGGAUUUUUGUAUAUUGGGUUUACCUUAAGCUUCUCUACUGAGGCAUUGUGAGCAGGGUGAUGGCGUGGCAGGCCGCCCUGCCUCUCCACAGAGCAGAUGGCCUGUGCACAGCUCCUGGGGUGUCCCCUGAGCAAUUGCUUGGCCAGAGCUGGGGCCUGCAUGCGGCAGUCAGCAGCAGGGAGGGGCUGGCAGCAGGCUCACUGCCAUCAGCUCUGCCUGAGAUGCCUCUGGGUCUGGGUACAGAAAAACAAAGCAUCUUUGCUUGUGGUGAAAUGAAGCAGUCUUCAUACUUCGUAGUGAUUAUUUUUAUCGGCAGUGAUUGAACAGUGUUUUGCAAUUUGUGAAACAGUGUGCUGUGUUUUGUAAAACGAUUUCAUGAAACGGUGGGUGCUUUGGAAACCCUCCUUUCUGUUCUGCUCCACCUGUUCCAUGCCCCAGGCUCCGAACACGAGACCAGUCCUCAGGCGGAGGCGGUGUGGCUAAAGGUGUAAAGCAGGCUGCUGCUUUCCUCCUCUUGUGGGCUCUUAGGAGAUUGGGAUGGCCAGUCUUUCCAAGCCCUGGCAUUGGUAAACCUGAGAUAUGGCAUGAUGUCGCACACCCCCACCGUUUUCCAAGGCAUUCCUGGCACAGGAAGCGCACAGUAAAGCAUCUGUGCUUUACUGAGAACAGAUCGUUCGUGUACAUAGUAGUCAGGGCCUGUGAGUGGGGAUGCUUCGAGGUAGAAAACAAGGGAUUCUUCCUACAGUGAGAGACAAGUUGGGAGAGUGUCCGGGACAGACAGACAAGUGAGGCAGCUACAGGGGCCAGUCAGUUGAGGUCUUUAAUGUGCCUGGAGGUGACUCUCUUCAUUACUCAUGGAUCUUGCUGUCCCACCAGCUCUGUAAGGAUCUGCAGCUUCCAUGCCAACCGGACAAGUGGUAAGUGGAGCCACUACCAAGAACAGCUUUGCUACAUGGGCAGCAAGCUUCUCAGGGUUGGUGGGGGUCUGUCAGAGCCUUGUAGCUAGCGAGCACAUCUGGGUGUAGAGAGAGAAGGAAGAGGAAGGAAAUGACUUAAGAGCCUCUCUUCCUCCCAACUCAGAUGUUUGAUCAGGAAACCAGGAAACCCAACUAGUCUCCAGAAUAAACUGCUUUCUAGUCAUCAAAACCACUUCACCGCCUUCACUGUUUAGUUGUUCCUUCCGUCACCCACCGACGCCAUCCAUUGAAUCCAGGAUUCCCUCACUUUUAGUUUAGUUCUUAAUCGUUUUAUGAAAAUAAUGUACUUAAAAGUAUUUUCUUAAGGUUUGUAUGAGUGUUUGCAUUGUGUGUUCAUUUUAAUGUGUUUGCGAUCGCUCCGCUCCAGGAAGACCUGCGAUGCUGUCUUGUGAGCAUGACGUGAACAGGCUGCUUUGCUCCGGCCACUUUUCUUGUACAACCACGUGGGUGGAGGAGAUGUCCUCCAGUCUUUUCCAUCUUUAGUUUCUAUGACUGUGGAAUAAACGUUCAGAUAGAGACUUCA